AUGUUGACCGACCUCGGUAGUAUACCGCUGCAGGGAUCCACCGCAAUUCUACAGGGCUCACCGCGUCGAUCCUCUACCCCAACAACCGCAAUCACCCAACCCCAGCUCACAUUUGCCAAAGCAGUGGCAUGGGUCGUGAUGCGAUGGCCGCCAUGGAGCUCCGAGUCGAACAAUGACGAAAAACAAACGAGCUCAAGCUCCACGAAUUCCAUACUCGACUGGAAAGCCUACACAGAACCGAGAACCCUGGUCCCAACUCUCGUCCUGACGAGUGGAAUUCUUCUCGCAGUACGAUUCCACCGCUCGUACCUGCGCAGGAUUCCCGACGCGCCUAGCAUCUCGUCCUCAUGGCUCCGACGCCGCAGUGUUUUCGGCCAAGUCACCAGCGUCGGCGAUGGAGACAACUUUCGCAUCUUCCACACCCCCGGCGGCCGGUUAGCGGGCUGGGGCUGGCUCCCGUGGAAAAAGGUCCCUACAAACAAGAAGGAGCUUAAAGACAACACUAUCCACAUCCGACUUGCGGGCAUCGAUGCUCCCGAACUCGCGCAUUUCGGUCGUCCGGAACAGCCUUUUGCGCGCGACGCUCACGCAUGGCUUACGGCGUACCUGAGCGGACGACGAGUGCGCGCGCUCGUCCACCGCCAAGAUCAGUAUUCCCGGGUGGUGGCGAGCGUUGCUGUGCGGCGGGCAUUCGAUUUUCCACCUUUCAGACGGCGCGAUGUGUCGUACGAGAUGCUCCGUCAUGGGCUGGCGACUGUGUAUGAAGCGAAGAUGGGAUCUGAGUUCGGUGGAGACAAGAUGGAGAAGAAGUAUCGCAAGGCGGAGUGGUGGGCUAAGAAGAAGGCGAAGGGGCUUUGGAAAGAUUAUAAGAAGGUUGGAGGGAAUUGGGAGAGUCCUAGGGAGUAUAAGACUCGGAUGGGAAUGGGGGAUGUUGAGAAAAAUGGGAAGAAAUGA